CCGUCCCGUCCGUCCGUCGUUCUCACCAUCAUCACCCGACGCAGCGCGACGAGGAGGAAGCGUGGGGGGGCGACGCCGUGCGGUGGCGGUGCUGUUCUUGUCGUUUGCAGAUUUAGAUCCGACCCCCAUUUCGUCUUGCUUUCUUGCAAGUUCUCCAAGAUGGUUGCUCAGGAGUUCACUGUUGAUCUGAAUAAGCCCCUCGUCUUCCAGGUUGGUCAUUUAGGUGAAUCUUAUCAGGAGUGGGUCCAUCAACCCAUUGUGAGCAAGACAGGGCCUAGAUUUUUUGAAAGUGACUUUUGGGAGUUCUUGACCCGUACCCGAUGGUAUGCAGUUCCUAUCAUUUGGCUUCCUGUAGUAUGCUGGUGCAUCUCUAUGUCUGUGCGUAUGGGCCACACAGCUCUUGAGAUAGGUUUACUGGUGAUUAUGGGCAUCUUUGUCUGGACAUUCCUGGAGUACUCUCUGCACCGUUUCAUUUUCCAUAUAAACACGAACAGUUAUUGGUGGAACACUGUACACUAUCUUAUCCAUGGAUGCCAUCACAAACAUCCUAUGGAUGGCCUGCGGCUCGUCUUUCCACCAGCUGGAACAGCUGUUCUCUGCAUUCCUUUCUGGAACCUGGUCAAGCUCAUGUCUACGCCUUCUACCACUCCAGCAUUGUUUGGGGGUGGUUUGCUGGGUUAUGUGAUAUAUGACUGCACCCAUUACUACUUGCAUCAUGGACAGCCAUCCGUUGAAGUGCCGCGAAAUCUCAAGAAAUAUCACUUGAACCAUCAUUUCCGCGUACAAGACAAAGGCUUCGGGAUCACUUCAGCACUGUGGGACAGAAUCUUUGGAACGCUUCCUGAACCAAAAUUGGCAGAGAAAAAAAGAUAAAGCCACUAACGCCAUUCGUUAUUUGUUAAUUAAUAUCUAGCAAGUUUAGGGUGGCUGCAAGAUAUAUUUUAGCCAAAAAAACAUUCUUUCUUCUUCUAUCCAUUCAUUUGGUAAGAUAUUGCCCUAACUUAUCUCGUCGUGCUUUCAAUCAUCAUGGGCGUGUCAAGUUUGUCCUUUCAGUGUUGUGGUGAAGAGUUCUGUGUAUAUGUCUCUGCUCUAUCAUUUUCGAACGAGGAAGUUUCCAGUAUUUAUCCAGAUGCAGUCUUGUUUAUCA